AGGAGCAGGCCCUGCGACCCUCGCACCGCUCCGCCCGGCCCCUCCGCCCCUGCCUGCUCGCACCCGGCGCCAUCCACGAUGAGCGACCCCAACGCCACUUCACCCACCCACCACCAGCCCGGCCCCAGCAUGGCCUGGACGACAGAGGACAUUGCCGUCAUUGCAGGCGUGAUCGCCGCCGUAGCCUUCUUCCUGGUCGGCCUCCUGCUCGUCAUGCUCUACUACAUGUACCGGCACAAGGGCACCUACCACACCCACGAGGACAAGGGCACGGAGUUUGCUGAGAGCGCAGACGUGGCCCUGCAGGGUGACCCGUCCCUGCAGGAUGCUGGCGACAGCAGCAGAAAGGAGUACUUUAUCUGAGGGCCUCCCCUCCCCCGUGCCUCCUCCUGCUCCUGACUCCACUCCGCCCCUGCACUCACCUGGCCCAAGACAUGCAGGCGGCCCGGGAACACCGUGCUGGGCCAGGAGCUGGGAGGAAAGGAGGAGGAAUCCAGUCAGGAGCCUCUCCCAGGGACACCGCGAGCACCCGGGGGCCAGCCUUUGCUCUGCCCGGGGAAGAGGCCGCGUCUCCCUGGGCCCUGGGCAGUGCAGGUUGUCACCGGUGUGGUGUGCAAGCCCUCGCUGGGUGUGAGUAGGGUGGGUGGGGCUGGGGCUGAGUCAGCACUGGCGAGACGGGGCAUCCAAUGUCCUUGACAUCUGGGGAGCAGCAAGUAACCGAGCCAGACCUGCCUCUGUCUUCCACUGACCCAGCUCUAAGGGAUUGGAAAUAAAUUUGAAACAAAACUGAGCACUCAGAGUCAAGUGGCCUUAGCCUGAUUGCCUGGGGAAGAGUGAGCGCCACCCAGCACUGGCUUUCCACGGGUGCCACAGUGCGUCUCGGUAGAGCCUGCAGGCGUGCCUGGGGCUGGACGUCCACUCCGGCUCCAUUACAGGCCCCGCACAGACCCACGCGGGGCUCCCGGGCCGCCGAGGAUUCUCUUCCCCACACAGGCACCACGAACCAAUGUAAGGGCGGACGGUCCCUCUAGGAGUAGGCUGUCCCAGCCACCACGGCCCUGGCUGCAGCACUGAUUCUGUAGAAAACAUGGACCUGUUGAACAAUAUGCGUGAACUCCGUCCUCCCCAUUUAACAGUGGCUGGGGCGCAGGUCCACUGGGUUUGGGCCCUGGCUCCCCUUUCCUGGUCCUGGAACUUGGUCCGCUUGCUUGGCCUCUCUGGCCUCAACGUUGUCAACCCUGGAGAGGACAUCCCUCCACGGCACCGGCUCAGGGUCGAACGCAGGACACGCAGGCGGGCUCUCAGGGCCGGCCCGGCGGACACGUGGCACCGGGCUACGUUGCGCAGUUAACAGAAGAGCCCGGUUGCACCACUGCUAAAUGCUUUCUGAGUGGUAAUCAUCCUUUGACAUGAGCAGCAGGAAAUAAAGGAGAACUGCCCGGCCUUCCUCUUUCAUAAGCAUCCCUCUAAGAUCCCCAGCAGCUCAGCCAUCACCCAGAACCCAGCAUUAAAGACGCCCCCCCACCCGCUACCAGGAACCCCUGGAGCUCAGGUUUGCCAAGGCUGCACCACCUACCACUGGGAGUCGGCAGAAAGGGCCCCAGAUGAUGAGACCAAACUGCGUCGCGAACGGCCACCACCGAAGGAGCUGGAAGUCCUAGGGCUGUCGUGGGGGAGAAACCGAGAGAAGAAAGGAGCAUGGGCAAAAGGCGAGGCCGUUCCCUGGGUGACCCGAGCUUUCUGGCCCCCCGCCAUCUCAUCUGGAAAAGGAAGGGCUUGGCGGCAUCUCUACGUCCCAGACUGCUCAGUGGAACACCGCGGGGCAGCGUGGUGAUCAGCAGCCGAACGCAAAGGCUGCCUGGGCGGAUGGGUUUGGGUGAUGACUAUUAAGCCGUGAAGGCUUCCCAGCAUGCCUGCGUCCCGGUGCGUGCCGGCACCGAGGUGUAAGGGGUAGGGAAACGAAUGCAGCCUCCCCAGUGGAUGUGGCCAGAGACCCCAUUUCUUCCCAGAAGACCCACUACAGAUGUGUGCACCAAGAGGUCCUCAGAACAUGUCUGGGAAACACUAAACGACUUCCAACGCCCUUUCCUGUUGUGACAUCACUUUAGGAUUUGAAGACCAUGUGGGCCUAUGGCCUCGUCUUCAAGGACUGUAAGCAGAGAUCACCGUCUAGACACGCUUUGCUCUACACAAGGCUCCGGGGAGAGAGGACGAGCAGAGCCCUGGGCUGCUGCCCGUGGGGAAGAGGAACGCUGGUCACUCUUCCCUCCCUCCUCCUGCAGGUCCCCCAGCCCUGUGUACUGACUGCUGUCUGAGGACUGGCCCCUUGGAGGCAGGACCUUUGUCCCCUCCCUUCACGUGUCCUGGUCCUCACCCUGCCUACCCAUCGUCCUAGAAAACUCUCUGGCAGAACAGCCAGCUCCCAGCCCGCGGGGUCUCCAGGCCAGUGUGGCCGAUGCAGUGUGACCUGGAAGCUGCCGGGUUGGACUGUCCAAGAGACCAGUCCAGAUACCGCCCAGGAGGCAGCUGGCACUGGCUGACUGCAGAGAGGCCAGCAGUAGAGCAACCUAGUAAGACAAUGUGCACAUCCACACACACGCACACACGCGCACACAGGGGCAUGCCAUGCACACCAGUGUGCUAAUGACCGGUGCCCCUCCCCUUAGGUCAGGAAGCACACUUUCCUCACCUCGGAAAUCUCCCCCAGGGCCCUGCCAAGGAGUGGAGACAGCCCUCACCGUGGGGCAGGCCCCUUACCCAGCUUCCUCUCCUCUCCUCUGGUCUUCACGUGGCCCCGCCCGUCCUGCCUGCUGGGAAAGGACCUCAUCCUCCCCAGAAGACGGGGCAGCAGGUCGGCUCCAAGCCGAUUGUCAGGAAUAUCAGAGAACGUUUUCUUCAGUGGAAGGAACUGCUGAGGAGUGUAUCCUGUUUAUGUUCCUUUGGAGGAGACACUGCUCAGUUGUUUUCCAGUUUUUGCCUGAGCUUUUUCAUCAUCGUAGCAACGGGGAUGAUGUAGGUGCCAGUGGGGCUGUAACCGGCCCCCUGCCACAGACAGGACUACCUGCAGCACUUGGGAGUGCCCACCAGAGACGGGUGGAUAAAAGAAGGGCGGUACACGUAUGCAGCAUUACUCAGCCACACAAAAAAUGUGAAAUCUCGCGAUUUGGGACAGCAUGAAUGCACCUAGAGGGUAUUAUGCUACGUGAAAUAAGUCAGACAGAGAAAGACAAACCACAUAUGAUUGUACUUAUAUGUGGAAU